UGCUGUGACGGUUCUGAUCCGACGGUUCAAUGAUCCACUUGGGGUCGGAGGGGACAUCGCUCAGCCCCACAACCGACCCCACGGCCCACUUCUCCCCCCUCUCCCGUCCCCCCCAGAUGCCAAAGGGACGAUCAGGGAGAUCGUGCUCCCCAAAGGCCUGGACCUGGACCGGCCCAAGCGGACUCGCACGUCCUUCACGGCGGAGCAGCUCUACCGCCUGGAGCUGGAGUUCCAGCGCUGCCAUUACGUGGUGGGCCGCGAGCGCACCGAGCUGGCCAGGCAGCUCAACCUCUCCGAGACGCAGGUGAGGGGGGGUCCCAAGUGGGGACCCCAGGAUCGGAUCCCGAUGCGGGGUGGGGGCCGCCGAGGCCUCCGGGUGGGAGGUGGGCGCCUCUUGGGGCCGCCUGGAGAAGGGAGAGUGGUGCGGGGUGUUGUGGAGCCAAG